AUGGACGAUGACAUCGACGACAAGGAUGACACGAAGCGUAACUUCUACGUUUCUAUUAUUAGAAAAUCGAGAAAUUUAAGUGAAAAGAAACGCCGAGAUCAAUUCAACAUGUUGGUGAAUGAGCUGGGGAGCAUGGUCGGUUCGAAUACACGAAAAAUGGACAAAUCUACUGUACUAAAAUCUACGAUAUUAUUCCUAAAAAAUCAUAACGAAAUAGCUGUAAGGUCUAGGGUUCACGAAAUUCAGGAAGAUUGGAAGCCGUCGUUUUUAUCAAACGAAGAAUUUACGCAUCUCAUACUAGAGGCUCUGGACGGUUUUAUAAUGGUAUUUUCUUCAAGCGGGCGCAUUUAUUAUGUGUCUGAAAGUGUUACAUCCCUACUUGGCUACCUUCCAAAGGAGCUGGAAAACAUGACUAUCUACGAUAUAAUUUACCAAGAGGACCAAUCACCGCUUUAUAACGUUCUGUUGAAUCCUGCCAACUCGAGGGAUCGACGAAACAUUAAAAAAGAGGACCAAAUGUCUUUCUCGUGUCACAUAAAAAGGGGCGGUCUGAAUGUUCAGGAAAAUCCUGUAUACGAGCUCGUGCAAUUUGCCGGAUAUUUCCGUUCUGACAUCGAUACAGAACUAGACAACCUUCUCCCGAACACGAAAUUCGGUACCACCGGUGGAAUGGACACAAAAUUAGUUUUCGUGGGUACAGGACGGCUCCAGACGCCCCAGCUGAUCCGCGAGUUGUCCGUGAUGGAUAAUACAAAGUCGGAGUUCACGUCCAGACACAGUCUUGAAUGGAAGUUCCUCUUUCUGGACCAUCGAGCGCCACCCAUUAUCGGAUACCUGCCAUUCGAGGUUCUUGGCACCUCUGGAUAUGAUUAUUACCACGUGGAUGAUUUGGAUAAAGUCGUCACAUGCCACGAGUCCUUGAUGCAGAAGGGAGAAGGGACUUCUUGCUAUUACAGAUUCCUAACGAAGGGCCAACAAUGGAUAUGGUUGCAGACCAGAUUCUAUAUUACCUACAAUCAGUGGAACUCGAAGCCCGAGUUCAUCGUGUGCACCCAUUACGUGGUCAGCUAUAUCGAUGUGAUUAAAGAGUUGCGUAAGGAAUCCGAGAGUUUUGCAAAGGAUCAGAGUCAGGACCUGUUAAUGACGGUGAAACAGCAACAGGUGACGACGUCUUGCCCGGUUCCACCGACCCAAUGGCCACCAAAAUCCUCGAAGACAUCAAAAUCAGUAGCUUCGAACACCAGACCAAGGCAUCACAUCGAAAGUUCGGACAGUUCCUCGAUCUCGGCAUCAAUGCAAAGCUCGCCACACUCGCAGCUGACGCACGUGUCGCGAUCGAAAAGCACCACCGCGAACAGCUUGAAAACACAACAGAUGCCACAAAUCGACAAUAGACAGCAGCAACAACAGCAGUCUCAACAACAAGCUCAAUUAGAGAUUGAUCAGAGUUGUAUAAAUUUCAUGGAACAGGCGCAGUAUGCAACGGUUAAUCUGCAACCUGUGGUUAGCACCGGCUUCGCUGCACCUGCUGGACCGAUUCUGUCGACCGUACCUACCCACGAGAUGUUGCAUCAGCAAGGUAUUGUGAUGACAUCGGCACAGAAUCAAAUUCAGGACGAACUGCAACGCAAGCACGAGGAACUGCAACAGCUGAUUGUACACCAGCAAGAAGAACUUAGGAGAGUGUCAGAACAACUGUUUAUCGCCAGAUAUGGAAUUCUGUCGCCGUUACUCAAUGCGGGCAUGCCGUACAACACAACGAACGCUUGUCAGCCAAUGAACCGAUGCAACACGAACAAUUCGAACGUGCAGCUGCCCCCAUCGAACAACGUGCAAGGUGUGAACGUGCUCCCUUUGCCGAUCACGGUUCCAGUUCCACUGGUACCCACCGAAUUAUUCUCUCACCCGUUACCAGUCAGCCCAGUGCCAACGGUGUCGACCACCGCGCAAGGGAACGUCGGCACGAUGAUCCAAACGCAACAGCAACAGCAUCAGCAGCUGCAGCAUCAGUCCCAGACACAGCAGCAAUCACAGCAACAGGGUCCAACGCAGCAAAACGGCAACCCUCCUGAUCUCGUGCCUUUCCAGAUCUGCCCACAUCAAGCCAACAUGUUAUACAAUGACAUAGAACCGCCGUCGAACCAACAACACAGACCACCACCGAAUUGAACUGUUCUCCUUUUCACAUCGUCGUUCCGCCUUUAGACUGAGACUCCUUGAUUUCCGACUUAUUCCACGACGAGGGGAUAAUUCAUCGAGCAAUCGAAAGAAAAAAACUUCACGAACGAAGCCCACAUGGUUUUGUGGAUUCCGCUAUUGUUUUUUAAAAGACACGCGACGGAUUUAAUAUAGUUGAUAUUUUUAUACGUGAGAUGUACAGA